AUGGCUAAGUUCUGCCGCAUAUCCGCGCCCUCGAUCACGCCCUCGAACUCCUCUACAACCCGUCCGCCCCCCGAAGUCCCAACGAAACGGCUAGCCCUCUCCUCGCUGACGGACCUCUUCACCCUCCUGCCCCAAUGCCACGCCAGUCCGCAAGAUGCAGAUGGCCCCCAACGCCUCUUCCUCGGUGGCUACGCGGCCCUCUUCCCCUUCCAGUUCUCCGGCCCCUUAGGUCUUAGCCAUGGCAUUGGCCAUGCGAUUGGCUCGACGUACGGGAUUUCGCAUGGGAUUACGUCGUGUAUCAGCUUGGGGAAGGUGAUUAGGUUUAUGGCGGAGAGGGCGAGGGAAGGGGGUGGUGGUGGUGAGAAGACAGGGAUUGGGAAGGUAGGUGAGGCGGUGCAGAUUGCGAGGGCGGUCCCGUUUAUUCCUGGGUUAAGAGGGACGGGCGAUGUAGUCAAGGAUGCACUUUUGGUGGCGGAGGCGGUGGAAGGGUUGGUUGUGAAAUUGGGCUUGGGGACUGGGUUGGCUGAUUAUAACGUCAAGCCUGGUGAGGAAGAGGCUAUCGCAAUUCGUGCGUUGCGGGAUCCGGCACAUCCUGAUUUGAAAAGCGUUGCGGAGCUGGUUCGCACAAUGUACUCCGCCUCCUCUGAUGCUACUACGCGCCUCUAG